AUGGAUGAGCACCUUGUUUACGCACAAUGGUGCAAGGAACUGAACAGCGAUAUCAUUUCUCUAACUGUGCUCGGGCAAAACAUAAUCAUCGUAAAUUCGGUGGAAGUGGCAAGACAUCUCCUCGAUCAACGUUCGACAAUAUACUCUAGUCGCCCUUACUUGCGUGCCAUCUCCGAUCCAGACUAUUUAGACGACCCUCUGGUCCGAGAUAGUGCCACGGUGGUCGAAAAAUUCACCGUGGCAGCCGUUCCUGCGAGUAGACUUCCUCGUCAACUUCAUCCCUUGGUCAAAGAUUUAUGGACUCUGGUCCGAGAUAGUGCCACGGUGGUCGAAAAAUUCACCGUGGCAGCCGUUCCUGCGAACUUCCUCGUCAACUUCAUCCCUUGGCUCAAGUAUGUCCCUGAGUGGUUCCCGGGAGCUCAGUGGAAGCGCAACAUCAUUCAGUGGAGGCAUCUCAAGGACCAUGUUAAGAACUACCCAUACGAAUGGGCAAAAGCGCAGAUUGCAUCUGGUUUUGCGGCGCCUUCGAUCGUACAGACUCUCUUGGCUUCCGUGGAGGGAAACCCGAAGGCAAACAUGCCAGAGGAAGAGGAAAACCUUAGACGAGUCAGCGUGUCUCUUUUCGGUGCCGCCGCCGAUACCUCUCACGCAUCUCUCAUGAGCUUUGUGCUCGCCAUGGUUCAGCACCCGGACGUCCAGGCUCGUGCCCAGAAAGAGAUCGACGACGUCACCAAAUCUGAGCGACUUCCCACCAUGGCAGACAGAGACUCUAUGCCGUACAUCCGGUCGAUUGUGCAGGAGGCCUGCGCUGGCAGCCUCCACUUCCGCUGGGGGUACCCGAGCUACCUCAGAAGACGACGAGUAUCUUAUAUUGCAUACGAUCCUGACGACUUGUGCAACAGAAUCACAAACUCAUGGGCGAUGAGCCGCGACGAGUCGGUCUACAAGUCCCCAGAUCAGUUCAUCCCAGACAGGUUUAUAGGCCUCGAUGUCCCGACAUCAACUGCAUUUGGCUUUGGUCGUCGGUAA